UUAAAACUGGCGGGCGAUAUAGACGCGACGACUUCCCGACCAGAACCAGAGAGGACCGAGGCACAAAGCUCUGGCACAAGGCACAAAGCGUCGGCACUGGGCACAACAUUGUUACCUUUUCAAAAGUUCAACGUUGCAUUAAGUGUCUCAUCGUGAAGUGGAUUAAUUCGGGAAACAGACUGUUUCUGGAGGCGGAUCGUAUGUUCGAGGCUUAGGGACGUCUUUGGAGCGUCAUGACCAACAAUGAGGCCAAGGUGAUCCCGGUGCGGGUGGCCCUGCGGUGCCGCCCGCUGGUCCCCAAGGAGCUCAACGAGGGAUGCGAGUGCUGCCUCACUUUCAGCCCUGGGGAGCCGCAGGUUAUCGUGGGCACGGAGAAGGCGUUCACAUAUGACUAUGUGUUCGACCCCAUGGCCGAGCAAGAGGAGGUGUUCACUGUGGCGGUGUCCCCGCUGCUGUCCGGGCUCUUUAAGGGUUAUCACGCCACGGUGCUGGCGUACGGGCAGACGGGCUCUGGGAAGACCUUCUCCAUGGGGGGCACGUACACCUCGGCCCAGGAGGACCAGCCCUGUGUGGGGGUCAUUCCCCGGGUCAUCCAGCGCAUCUUCCAGGAGAAGGACAAGGGCAGCUGCGACUUCACCCUCACAGUGUCCUACCUGGAGAUCUACAAUGAGGAUAUUCUGGACCUGCUGUGCCCAUCCAAAGAUAAGCCCGCCAUCAGCAUCCGCGAGGACCCCAAAGAAGGCAUCAAGAUCGUGGGUCUGACGGAGAGGGUGGUGAGGUCGGCCCAGGAGAUGGUGGCCUGCCUGGAGCUGGGGAACUCCUCCCGCACCGUGGGCUCCACCGCCAUGAACGCAGAGUCGUCCCGCUCCCACGCCAUCUUCACCAUCACCCUGGAGCAGCGGCGCAGCAAAGACAAAUCGGACUCCAUGGUCUCCAAGCUCCACCUGGUGGACCUGGCCGGUUCUGAGAGGCAGAAGAAGACCAAGGCGGAGGGCGACCGUCUGAAGGAAGGCAUCAGCAUCAACCGCGGGCUGCUGGCCCUGGGGAACGUCAUCAGCGCCCUGGGGGAGGAGAGUAAGAAGGGCACCCACGUCCCCUACAGAGACUCCAAGGUCACCCGCCUGCUGCAAGACUCGCUGGGCGGGAACAGCCACACGCUGAUGAUCGCGUGCGUCAGUCCGGCCGACUCCAACAUCGAGGAGACCAUCAACACGCUGCGCUACGCCGACCGCGCCCGCAAGAUCAAGAACAAGCCCAUCGUGAACAUGGACCCGCGGACCGCCGAGACCCAGCGCCUCAAGCAGCAGGUCCAGGAGCUGCAGGUGAUGCUGCUGCACGCCCGUGGCGGUGUGGCCCCAGUGCUUUCUGGGACCGAGUCGUCGGAGAACGUGAACAACCUGGUGGAGAAGAACCGCAGCCUGCAGGACCAGAACAGCCGGCUCUGCAGGGAGCUGAGCGAGACCACCGGCCAGGCAGCGCUCAUGUUCGAGAAGAUCAUCAUGGCAGAGCAGGCCAACGAGAAGCUCCAGGGCAAAGUGGAACAACUGAAGGAGCACGAGGCGUGUAAGCUGGACCUGCAGAACGUCCUGGUCACCCUGGAGGAUCAGGAGCUGAAGGGGAAAGUGGAGCUGAUGAAGAGCCUGCAGGAUGUCAUCCUGGAGCUCCAGAACGAGAGCGCCGACAUCGCAGCCUCCAUCGACGCCAUGGUAACGGGAGAAGAUGGACCAGAAGGAGCUGGUGAUGCGACGGGCGUCUCUCCGUCGGAGGACGUCACGGGGGGGUUCACAGCGCACCACGCCCUGCGUCAGGCCGAGAUGUCCAAGGAGCUGAUGGAGCUGAACAAGGUGCUGGCCCUGAAGGAGGCCUUCGUCAAGAAGAUGUGUCAGAACGACAGCCAGCUGGAGCCAAUGCAGAGCGAGCACCAGCACAACAUGCACAGCCUGCAGACGUCGGUGGACUCGCUGCUGAAGGAGAAGGAGGACCUGGUCCUGGCUCUGCAGUCGGCCAAGAAGGACACCCAGCACGCCAAGCUGAGCGAGCAGCGCAGGAAGAGACUGCAGGAGCUGGAGGGCCAGCUGGUGGAGAUGAAGAAGAAGAUGACGGAGCAGUCCAAGCUGCUGAAGCUCAAGGAGUCCUCCGUCCGCGGCGUCUCCAAACUCAUGAGCGAGAUACAGUCCAUGAAGUCCCAGCGGGUGCAGCUCAUGCGGCAGCUGAAGGAGGACACAGAGAAGUUCCGCGUCUGGAAGAGCCAGAAGGACAAGGAGGUGCUGCAGCUCAAGGAGAAGGACCGUAAGCGGCAGUAUGAGAUCAUGAAGCUGGAGAGAGACUUCCAGAAGCAGGCCAACGUCCUGCGGCGCAAAACGGAGGAGGCGGCGGCGGCCAACAAGCGGCUGAAGGACGCGCUGCAGAAGAGGAGCGAGGUGUCGGACAAGAGGAGGGACGGGCACGGCCGCGGCAUGGAGACGGCCGCCAGCCGGGUGAAGUCAUGGCUGCUGAACGAGGUGGAGCUGCUGGUGAGCACGGAGGAGGCCCGGCGCCACCUGAAGGACCUGCUGGAGGACCGGAAGAUCCUGGCCCACGACAUCAGCCAGCUCAAAGGGCAGCUGGAGGCGGGGGGGCGGUCUGCCGCCAAGAUCAGGCGCCGGACGUUGAUCAUCUCGGAGCUGGAGAGCAAGGUGGGCCAGGAGACGCCCAUCAGCAAGCAGGUGGAGAACCUGGAGACUGAGAUGGGCCUCAGGAGCGCCCAGAUCGCUGACCUCCAGCAGAAGGUUCUGGCGGCGGACAACGACGGCCGGGCGAAGCACCGCUGGGACAACAUCAACACGGUGGUGGAGGCCAAGUGCUCCCUGAAGAUCCUCAUGGCCGAGCUGGUGGCGGCUAAGUCGGCGGCGGCGCGUCUGGAGAGCUCUCUGAAGCAGGAGCAGGGGAACCUGCAGGACCUGAGCCGGACGCUGGCGGAGGAGCGCGGGGUCAUGUCCACCAUGGACGUGGAGCACCAGCAGCAGAGGGUGGAGCUGGAGCAGAACCACCAGGAGAAGGUCCAGUACCUGCUGAACAAGCUCCAGAGCCGAGCGGGCCUGCAGCAGCCCGCCGGAGAGCCGUCGCAGAAGGAGCGGGAGCUGGUCCAGAGACAGAGCCAGCUGGAGGAGGAGCUGGAGAAGAUGAGCGGACUGAACCAGCAGCUGCUGAAGGAGAAGGAGCAGUACAAACAGCAGCUGUCCCUGCCCCCGCCCACCGCCAGCGAGCAGACCAGCCAGGACGACUCCUUCGAGUACGUCCCCCCCAAGCCCAAGGCCCGGCGCCCCACCACCGCCAAGGCGCCCCUCAGCCUGGCCAUCAACAUGGAGGACAUCGUGUCUGCCUCCGACAGCGAGGACGAGAUGGAGGACGAGGCCUGGCAGCCCGAGAAGCAGGAGCGCCGCCGCGCCUCCAGGAGGCCCAAGACCACGGGGUGUGCCUGUAAGGGUCGCUGUAAUAACAAGCAGUGUCGCUGCCGUAAAGGGAAGAUGACGUGUGGAGAGAACUGCCAGUGUGACCACGCCCGCUGUCGCAACCUGGAGCCCCCCGGUGCUGAGGACUCCCCCAGCCUGAAGGCGGGGGCCCCAGACGGCCUCUUGCUGCCCCAGGACCCCACUGCCAUCAGCCCGGGCAACUUCUUCAUACCCCCUUCCUGCCCGCCCGCCAAGAAGGCCCCCCAGGAGAGCGGAGAGCUGGGCCACACCCCGGAGCAGACGACCUGGGACAGGAAGCCGCUCCUCAGCCCGGAGGAAGAGGAGGGCGAAGGUGAGGGAGACGAGGGCAACGUCAACAGCAUCCUUAAGAAGAAGAAGAGGCUCCUGAGCAGCCUGCAGAGCAGCUUCUUCUCCGGCUGCACGCCCAUCAAGGAGUGAACCGACCCC